UCGGAAUAGAAUUAAAAUUAAACCUUUGACCAAAAAAUUGUUUGAAAAAAAUAAAGAAAAAACUUUUUGAUCUGAUAGCAUGUAACUGCAAGCUUGAAGUUUUUCCUUGUGAUGACAGGAAUAUCAAAUGCUCAGGUUGUUCAAAUGUGCAUCUUUACUGUAGUUGUGUUGGUAGUACAAAAGUUCCUUUGGAAGAGCGCUCCUAUUUAAAAGACCAAAGGGAGAAAAUUGGUACUAAAGAAAAGUUUCAAAUAGGAGGUAUUGAUAACUCUGUUUUAUCACCUACCUCAAGAAAUACAAAGCAAACAAAAGCUUCUGAUGAAGAAAUUUAUAUUAAAGAGUUUGACACAAUCAUGGAUUCAGAUCAGUGUGAAACUUCAAUUUCAUCAUUAAAUCAGACUAGAUCAAAGUACUAUAACACUACCCACUAUCUCAAAUUUGCUUUAGAGAUAAUUAGAUAUGGAAUAUCAGAUAAAGCAGCUGCCCCUGUAGCUAAUGCUCUACUUCAAGAUAUUGGUUAUCUACAUCUUAAUGAUGCAAUUGACCCAAGUAAAAUGAAGAGAGAGAAAGAGCGAGUAUGCUUUAAUGCUAGUUUUGAGCAAUCUAAAGUUUCAAAUAUAAAGACAAUUAGUUUGGAUUGCAAAAGCAUUUAUUCGGCGGAUUUUGAUGUUGGAUACUGAAGUUCAAAAUUACAUUGGCCAUAAUUUAUAGAAACUCUUUUUGUCUCCAACCUGAAAAUUUUAUUGCUGCUCUACUUUAUUCUGAAGAACAGGUUUAUAGAACAAUUGCUGUUGUUCAGAUUUUGGAAAGAAGAAAAACCCUAAUUAAGGAUCCUAAAAAUGGAUUAAAAGAUGGUAUUAGGGUUAACGCCAUUCCAGUUAUUAAUUGUAGAUGUAAAAUGAGGGGUCAUUUGGAUUUUGAAGUUAUGCGGAUUAAACGUUAUUGAACUUUUUUGUAGUGGAAAAAUUGAUGAUUUUUUUACAAAAGGUGUAAGGCUUAAGUAUGGAAAAUUGGGUUGGUUAUUGCACCAAAAUUCCCAUAGUGACCAACCAACUAUAAAAAAAAAAAUUCCAAAUUUAUUUAUUUUUAAAUCAGUCGGGAAUGAUCAGAAUCUAUUUCACUAUUUUUUUUAUUUUACAGACUAAGGCCUUUUACAAAUUUAUAUUUUUUUGGGGUCAUACUGACUUUUGAAUAACUUUUUAAAAGUUGAUACAUUUGACGUGGAAUUUUCUAUUGUGACCUACUAACUAUAAAAAAAUAAAAUUCCAAAAAUUUUUUGUAAAUUUUUCGGGAUUCUCUAGAAUCACCUAUU